AUGUCUUUUGCAAGUGGAACCUCUAGCUUGGGAAAAAGGUCUCAGGAUAGUAAUGAUUGCGCAAUUGGCGACAAGGUUGAUUUGAGGAUAUGUACCUCUUCUCCCUCUGGCAAGACCAUUGAUCUGAUCAAUGUUGAAUUCGCAAAGGAUACAAACAGCAACAAAUUCCACGCCGACCAUAGGAAAGUAUUGCGUGAAGGUAAGCCAAGAGAGAAAAAGAACAUUUCUGUUCCAUGCAUGCAGAUUGGUGGUAUUGAAGGUCAGAAGUCCGAGGUGCAGCUUGUCGAUAAUAGUCAAUGCUGUAAAUGGUCGUGCUUGCACUAUACAUAG